CGCUGAGUCAGCUCGUUUCUAUCAAAACCUUCACCCAUCCCCCACCCUUAAUUCCUUUCUCUUCCCCUCUCUCUCUCUCUCCGCUCCUUCUCUGGGAGAGACUCCAAAAGAAAUAAAUCAAGGAAAGGGGAACGCCAAAUCCAUUUCUCCAUGAACAGAUAAACCCUAAUCUUGAAAUCUCCAAUCAUUCCAAGAAAGGAGUGGAAUUAUGUCUCAUUCGGUGUUCCAGACGGCUCAAAUCAUGCCUCUGGCCCCAACCCCUAAUUCCUUACCGUCCAAACCCUUAUUGCCGGCCGCUGUAGUUUUUCGGUCACCGGUUUCGCAGUCGGUCUCUGGAAGGGUGCGGAAAUGUUGUUUUGUCGUCAAGGCAUCGUCUUCUGCAAUAGUCGAUGGGGACGCUAUCGCCAGGCUGGAGCGAUGCUUUGUGACGUCGCCGGAUGCUCCGUCAUCGACUCCCUCCUAUUCUGGGGAUUUUGGGACGGUGAUGAAGAAGGAAUUCGGUGCAGUCGGUGCUGUUACCUUGGAGAAAUCAAAGCUUGAUAUGUCGUCCAAGCAGCAAAGCCAGUCGUCUCCCGAGUUGUCAACUGGUGGCGGUGGUGGAAAUCUUGGGAAGGGUCUAAGUCAUGGGGGUGGUGAUGGGGGGGAUGAUGGUGGUGAUGAUGAUGAUUACUUUGACAAUUUUGAUGAGGAUGACGAAGGAGACGAGGGCGGUCUAUUUAGGAGAAGGAUCAUCCUGGCAGAGUUGUUUGAUCGAAAAUUUGUUGAUGCCGUGUUGAACGAGUGGCAGAAGACAAUGAUGGAUUUACCUGCUGGAUUUCGCCAAGCUUAUGAAAUGGGUUUGGUAAGCUCUGCGCAAAUGGUGAGGUUUCUAGUGAUCAAUGCCAGACCCACAACCGAGAGGUUCAUUUCCCGGGCUCUUCCUCAAGGAAUUUCAAGGGCAUUUAUUGGCAGGAUGAUUGCUGAUCCAGCAUUUUUAUACAAGUUUCUACUAGAGCAGGUAUCUACAAUCAGUUACUCUGUUUGGUGGGAGGUGAAGAAUCGCAAAGAAAGGAUAAAGCAGGAAUGGGAUCUUGCACUCAUCAAUGUACUUACAGUGACAGCGUGCAACGCAGCUGUUGUUUGGUCACUUGCUCCUUGUCGCUCAUACGGGAGUACUUUCCAAUUCGAUUUACAAAAUACUCUCCAAAAGCUCCCAAACAAUAUCUUCGAAAAAAGCUACCCACUCAGAGAAUUCGACUUCCAAAAGAGACUUCAGUCGUUUUUCUACAGGGCUGCUCAGUUGUGCAUGACAGGAUUUACGGCAGGGGCUGCUCAAGGUGCUAUAUCAAACUUUGCUGCCAGUAAAAAAGAGGGAAGGCUGUCUGUGACCAUUCCAUCUGUGAGCACCAAUGCCCUUGGUUAUGGAGCUUUUCUUGGUCUUUAUGCAAAUUUACGGUAUCAGCUCUUGUGUGGCUUUGAUAGAGGAGUCACGAGCUACUUUGAUGUUAUCGGAGUAGCUCUCUUCUUCAGUACCGCCCUGAGGAUCAUGAAUGUACCAUUGGGAGAGACAUCCCGGCUGGCUUGGCUAGGCGUGGAGGUUGAUCCAUUGGCCCACUCCGACGAUCUCUUGAAAGCAGCUUAUAGCAGACCUUCUGAAGGAGCCAACCAGUCUUCUUCAAAAUGGUUCAUAUCCCGGAAUGCUCUGGUUUCCGGGCUCGGCCUUCUCGGGAUCAAACAGGGCAAAACUGACCCGAACCAAGCACCAACACCCAAGGCAAGGAGGAAGAGAGUCGUUCGGAGGAAGGUCAGUACAAGCUGAACUAAGCUGUCUUUUCUUGAUUUUGAUUUUUCAGCCUCCCUCUGUUACUGCUGAAUCGAACCAUGCUGGCGGUGCAAUGAACCAACGGACCACAAAAUAUGUGUGGUGUUGGGGAAGGAUUUGUUGCUCUCAGAAGUUUUGGGUAUUAUUCUUUGUUUCCUAAUUUUGGAUACUGACUGUUUGUUGUGGUGCACACAAUAAAUUCUUCACUCUUUUGUAGUUUCUGCUGUUAGCGUUUCUGUGGCGAUUUCUUUUGACCUAAAUGUAGCAUUCGUUUUUAAGUUAUAGUCUGCUUUUCAAUUCA